AUGAGUAAAACUGAUCAACGUAAACGCCAUCGACGAAAUAGUAAUUCAGAUUCUGAUAAUGAUCAAUCACGUCCAAAAAAAAUUUAUGCUGAUGGUUAUGAUGAAGACUAUCGUGGUAAUGCUGAUGAUCGCGUAUGGUUAAGUAAAUUGUCUGAACGUGAACGUGAAGCUGAAUUAUUAAAAAGACAUGAACAACGUGAAAUUUUAAACCAUCGUGAAGAAAUAAGUAAGAAACUUAAAUCAAAGAUUGAAGAAUCGAAAUUAAAAAGUGAUGAUGAUACUGAUAAUGAAACAAAACCGAAAUCAACAUCAACAUUAUUAGAUAAUGAUAUCUAUGCAGAAGAUGAUGAAGAUGAUAAUCGUUUAUCAUCUAAUCAUCGGAAACAAGUUAACGCUUCCAAACAAAAAGAAACACAACAUAGUAAAACACUUCAAACUUUAGUUGAAGAAAGAAGGAAAAAACAAGAUGAAAAAACAAAGAAAACACUUCGGAAACCCGGUGACCUUUCAUCGAGCGAUGAUGAAAUUCAAGAAAAAUCAUCUAAAAAAGGUGAAAAUGGAAAAAAAUUGUUAGUAGCAGAUGUUUAUCAAACAUCAAGUUCUGAAAGUGAUGAUGAUGAUGAUGACAAUAAUAAUAAUAAUAAUAAUAAUAGAAGUACUCGUCGUCGACGAUCUCGAUCGCCGGAUGAACGAAACAAGCAUUCAAAAGAUCAACAAGAAUCUAAACGUAAAAAAUGUACUCCAAUAACUUCUAAAUCUCAACUAAAAUCUAUGGUUUUAUCUCGUUUUCGAAUGGAAAAAUGGUGUCAUGCGCCAUUUUUUUCUAAUGUAGCUAAAGGUGCAUUUGUUAGAAUUAAUAUUGGACAAAAUAAUGGUUCACCUGUCUAUCGAGUUUGUGAAAUACGUGAUGUUGUUGAAACAGGAAAAAUAUAUAAUCUUGGUGCUACACGUACAAAUAAAGGUCUUCGUUUAAAACAUGGACAUAAUGAACGUGUAUUCCGUCUUGAAUUUGUAUCAAACAGUGAAAUAUCUGAUGCAGAAUUUAAACGUUGGCGUGAAACAACAAUCAAACAAAGUAUUUCAUUACCAACAUUAGAAGAUGUAGAAAAUAAAAUAAAAGCAAUUGAUAAAUGCAAACAUUAUGUAUAUAAUAAUAAUGAAAUAACUAAAAUCGUUGAAGAAAAAAAUCGAUUUCGAAAAGCACCUAUUAAUUAUGCUAUGUCAAAAAAUGAAUUACUCAAAGAAAUAGAUAUGGCAAAAGAUGAAAAUGAUAGUGUAAGAGAAAAAGAAUUAAGAAAAAAAUUAGAGGACAUGGAACAACGAGCUAAGGAAUUAGAUCGAAAUCGCUCGCAAAAUAUUUCAGCUCUGGCUGAAAUCAAUCAACGAAAUCGAAAAAGUACGCAAGCAAAUAUCGAAAUGGCAUUACUUCGAGAAGCUCAAGAAAACAAAAAUGCUAAACCUGAUCCUUUUACACGUCGUCGAUGUGCACCCGUACUCGUUGCAAGAGCUGCACAAACUAAAGAAGAACUAAUUCGUGAACUACAUUCACAACGUGUAGCCGAAGAAGAAGCAGCAGAAGCAAAAAAGAAAGCUGCAGAACAACGUUUAUUAGCAGAGAAAAACAAUACUAAAAAAACAGUAGUUACAAAAACAAUAACAAAAAUUCAAACAACAAUCGAUGAACAGUUUCCUGAAAAUGGUAUUUCAUCAAUGACAACUCAUGAACGUGGUUCAUUUACAUUAUUUACUGAAAACAAUGAUGAAAUGUUUGCUUCACAUGAUUUUGAACUUGAUUUUACUAUUUAA